AUGACAAGAUUGCAGCUUCUGUGGUUUGGAAUUUUCUGUAACCUGUGUUAUGGUUUCUACAAUGGCCCCCUGCACCCUGAGAUGUCCAAUGGAACUCUACACCAUUAUUUUGUCCCCGAUGGGGACUACGAAGAAAACGAUGACCCCGAGAAGUGUCAGAUGCUCUUUAGAGUGACUGAUGAAAGAUCAUGUGCUUUAGGAGAGGGGCAAUCCCUUUCUUUAAAGGAAGAAUUCAUCGUGAUCAAAAGACAGAUAGAAGACGCUGAGAGAGUACUUGAAAGUAUCAGUAAAAGCAUAUCCUAUGACCUGGAUGGAGAGGAAAGCUAUGGAAAGUACCUGGGCAGGGAGUCCUCCCAGAUUAGUGAAGCCUUCUCCAACUCGGAUAAGUCUUUGACGGAACUGGAAUUAAAGUUUAAGCAGAGCCAGGAAAACGAGAAGAACGAGAUGAAGGGGUUAAACGAUGACUUUGUGGAUAUGAUGAUCCACACCAGAGCCGUGCUUAAGGAAACCAUGGAUGUCUCUCUGGGACUUAGGGAUAAACAUGAACUCCUGUCUUUAACUAUUCGAAGCCAUGGUGCUAGGCUAAGCAGGCUGAAAAAUGAAUAUCUGAAAGCUUGA